UUUCCAGUUGCAGAGGCUGGAGGCAAAGCAGUAGGAGGAGGAAGGGCAGGGGGAGGAGGGAAAAAGGAGGGGCCUAGGCUGCUCCCGCUCCGCUCCGCUCAGCUCCGCGCACCCACGCCUCGCUGCUCCGCUUGGUGCCCCUCACCCGGGCAUGCGCCCCCUGAGCCCCCGGCCACCCAGAACCCGAGCCGCCCCCCAGAGCCUCCCCAGAGCUCGUUGCGCAGGAUGGGCGCCCUCGGUCCCAAGCCGCCGCCGCCGCCGCUGCUGCUGCUAAUGCUGGGAGUCGGGUGCUGUGCCCGGGAGGUGCUGGUCCCUGAGGGGCCCCUGUACCGCGUGGCUGGCACAGCCAUCUCCAUCCCCUGCAAUGUCAGUGGCUAUGACGGUCCUGCCCAGCAGGAUUUCGAGUGGUUCCUGUACAGGCCCGAGGCCCCAGAGGCUGCCCUGGGCAUUGUCAGUACCCGGGAUGCCGGGUUCUCCUACGCUGUCUUUGGGCCCCGAGUGGCAGCUGGUGAGGUGCAUGUGCAGCGUCUGCAGGGUGAUGCCGUGGUGCUCAAGAUUGCCCGCCUGCAGGCCCAGGAUGCUGGCAUUUACGAGUGCUACACACCCUCCACUGAUGCCCGCUACCUGGGCAGCUACAGUGGCAAAGUGGAACUGAGAGUUCUUCCAGAUCUGCUGCAGGUGUCUGCUACCCCCCCAGGGCCCCGAGGCCGCCAGGCCCCGGUUUCACCCCCUCGCCUGACGGUGCACGAGGGGCAGGAGCUGGCCCUGGGCUGCCUGGCGCGGACGAGCACGCAGAAGCACACACACCUGGCUGUGUCCUUUGGGCGAGCGGUGCCCGAGGUGCCGGUGGGGCGAGCGACCCUGCAGGAAGUGGUGGGACUCCGGCCUGACCUGGCUGUGGAGGCCGGAGCUCACUAUGCCGAGCGGCUGGCGGCAGGGGAGCUGCGGCUGGGCAAGGAGGGGACUGAGCGGUACCGCAUGGUGGUGGGGGGCGCCCAGGCGGAGGACGCGGGCACCUACCACUGCACUGCCACCGAGUGGAUUCAGGAUCCCGAUGGCAGCUGGGCCCAGAUCGCGGAGAAGAGGGCUGUCCUGGCCCACGUGGACGUGCAGACACUGUCCAGCCAGCUGGCAGUGACAGUGGGGCCUGGUGAACGUCGGAUUGGCCCAGGGGAGCCCUUGGAGCUGCUGUGCAACGUGUCAGGGGCCCUGCCCCCACCAGGCCAGCAUGCCGCUUACUCCGUGGGUUGGGAAAUGGCACCUGCAGGGGCACCUGGGCCUGGCCGCCUGGUUGCCCAGCUGGACACAGAGGGCGUGGGCAGCCUGGGCCCUGGCUACGAGGGCCGGCACAUUGCCAUGGAGAAGGUGGCUUCGAGAACCUAUCGGCUACGGUUGGAGGCUGCCCGGCCAGGGGAUGCGGGCACCUACCGCUGCCUUGCCAAGGCCUAUGUCCGUGGGUCUGGGGCCCGGCUUCGUGAAGCAGCCAGUGCCCGCUCCCGACCCCUCCCUGUGCACGUGCGAGAGGAAGGUGUGGUGCUGGAGGCUGUGGCCUGGCUGGCAGGAGGCACAGUGUACCGUGGGGAGACAGCCUCCUUACUCUGCAACAUCUCUGUGCGGGGCGGCCCCCCCGGGCUGCGGUUGGCUGCCAGCUGGUGGGUGGAGCGGCCAGAGGAGGGGGAACUGAGCUCUGGCCAUGCUCAGCUGGUGGGUGGCGUGGGCAAGGACGGUGUGGCAGAGCUGGGUGUCCGGCCCGGGGGAGGCCCUGUCAGCGUGGAGCUGGUGGGGCCCCGAAGCCAUCGGCUGAGACUGCACAGCUUGGAGCCUGAGGACGAAGGCGUGUACCACUGUGCCCCCAGCGCCUGGGUGCAGCACGCGGACUACAGCUGGUACCAGGCGGGCAGCGCCCGCUCGGGGCCUGUCACAGUCUACCCCUACACACACGCCUUGGACACCCUGUUUGUGCCCCUGCUGGUGGGUGCAGGGGUUGCCCUAGUCAUCGGCGCCACCAUCCUUGGCACUAUCACCUGCUGCUUCAUGAAGAGGCUGCGGAAACGGUGAUCCCCCGUUCCCCAGGUGUGACUGUCUUCCAGCCCAGCUGCCAGCCCACCUCUGGUACCUGGAGACCCUCUCCCUCUGCCUGCACUGCCUUUAAUUUAUUUGACUCACUCCCCACCAGAGUGGGGGACGUGGCCCCCCUUCCCCACUCCUUCCGUCCCCACCUCCUCCCUCUGUCUGGCCUUCCAUUCUCGAUCCCACACCGAGCCCCAAAAGGAGGCCAUUCCCUGUCCCAGAAUGAGUUUUUCUAAAAUGUGAAUAAACUUGUUUUAUAAAA